AUGUCGAUUAUGCCAUAUAAAACACAUUGUCCAAUCCUUUUUUUAGUUUUUAGUAUAGCAGUUUAUAUUGUUGACAGUAAUUUAUUAGAGAAAAACAGUGAUGAUAGUAGAUAUAAGUGGGUAAGAAGUGAGAGUAUUUUCAAAAACGUGAAACCGACCUACGUGAUUCCUGAAAAUGUUGUAAUUCCUUUAAUUCGAUGUCCUGAAGUUUUUCAUUAUCGGUUUGCUAACGAAUUUGGAGGUUUCUUUGGCGUCAUAACGAUUCAAAAACCGUUGGACAUUGAAAAGAUUGAAGUACAGUUAAAUAUGAGUUUAGAAAGAACACUGGAUUCAACUAAUAAUUUAAAAAUGAUACUGUUAACAGAUCAGGAAGACAUUCCCACCACGGAUAUAAUAAAUUGGGCCGUAAUAUUUCCAUAUCAAGACCUGUUACCUGACUUGGUUUCAGUUCAGUGCAAUAAUCGAAUUAUUUGCCGGAAUAACGUUAACCUAGGUAAUCCAGGAAAUACUCUUUUUAAACUAUCCAUUCGAGCCGAAUUGGAUAUGAAUCAAUUAGUGAAUAACUCUGAUGAAGCUGAAAUGAAGGUUCGAAAAAAGAAGAGGGUAUUAACGAUAAAUUCAAAAAAUAAAUAUUCCAACUACAUGAAUAACAAUGUUAAUGUAUUGUUACCUGGCUAUGGAUAUCCGCCCAUAUAG